AUGGCUGGAGGACGACAUGUCACAGCCCCAGCUGCUUCCCGGCCUCAGAGUGCACUGACUGUGGUGUUCCCGGGCCUGUCAUCCGGCUCAGUCACUUAUAUGGGCUUCAGCAUAUUGAACAGGCAACACGGAGCGCGAAUCGAGAGGGGAGGGCACGGGAGGAACCCAGAGCGGGACCAGCCCAGGCCCGGAGACCCGAGGGUGCCUGCUGUGAUUGGCACUUCUCCUUUCAGCGGCGCGGCCAGGGAGGGGCCCAGGUCACCACACCACGGCCAAGACCCAGGCUCGGGCUGGGGCUGGGGGGAUGCUGGGGGCUGCUGGGGGCUGCUGGGGGCUGCUGGGGGCUGCUGGGAGGAGGGCUGCCAGGGCUGCACUUGA